AUGUCCACCUCCCAGCACGAAGCACCAGCCAACAACUUCUACAUAAAGGCCCGAGUGAUCCACUACUUCGACGAGCGGGGACCACUAGCUGACCUCGAGGUCGGCUCAGCGCUCGGCACAGUUGACGAAGCGUCGUGGAUCAGGUGCACCACGGAGCGGAUUAGCGACUGGCGGGAUGGGGAGGAGGUGGCGGCGAGGAGGCUGAAGGCUGUGUUGGCGCAGAUUAGGGGUGCGUGA